AUGGGUUCGACAAUUUAUUCAACUUAAUAAAACUGUCUUCAAUGUGGAUACUGUACUGAAACCUGCUCGUCUUGAUUUGGAUCCUAAUUCACCAUCUGCAGCUAAAGAAUGGAAACAUUGGCAUAAGACCUUUACUAACUUUCUCGCAGAGUGUGGUUCAAGAGCUCCAGAUAAGUAUCGUACUCUUAUUAACUACGUAUCACAUAACGUGUAUGAAUAUAUUGAAGACUGUACUGAUUAUGAUUCAGCGCUCGAAGUAUUAAAUCAGUUAUUUAUUAGAAAGCCGAAUGAAAUAUCUGCUCGACAUUUACUCGCUACUAGACGGCAAAAGCCAGGCGAAACACUCGUAGAAUUUAUUCAGGAACUUCGGAGACUAAGUAAGGAUUGUAAUCUAAAAAGUGUUACUGCUGAACAGUAUCGGGAGGAACUAAUUCGAGACUCAUUUAUUAAUGGUCUACUUUCCCCGUUAAUUCGUCAACGUCUUCUAGAGAACAGUACAUUAGAUUUGAAAUCUGCUUUUGACCAAGCUAGUGCUUUAGAUUUAGCACAGAAGAACGCGGAAACGUAUACUAUGCCCACUAUUCCCACACCUACAGCGGCAGCUGUUUCAGUAACAGAACAGACCUCGAAAGCUGCUGCCUUCAAUGACGAUGCCCCGCUUGCCGGAACAUUUACAUCAAAGAAAUGUUAUUUCUGUGGUAAUUCUAUUCAUAAUAGAAGAAAUUGCCCUGCCCGAAAUUGUGUGUGUGAUAGCUGUGGCAAAAGGGGGCAUUACGCAAAAGUUUGCAGGUCAAAGGCCCCUACGGUUGCUUCAAUAUUUUCGCCUUCACUUUGUGCAAUCGUGGCUUCCUGUCCAGAGUCUUUGAAGCAAGCAUCUGUAAUGGUUUCUAUUGGAAACAAACCGUUGACUGCACUUGUUGAUUCUGGAAGUUCUGACAGCUAUAUAAGUGAGAGUAUGGCCAAACACCUUGAUCUUCAUUUUCAUCCGUCAACACAAGAUGUAUCUAUGGCCCUGAGUUCCCUCAAGUCACAUGUUGUUGGUCACUGCUAUGUAGAUAUUGUUCUGAAUGAACAUAUGUAUCCAUCCUGUCGUCUGGGAAUACUUAAAGAUCUUUGUAGCGAUAUAAUCCUAGGUCAGGAUUUCCAAAAAGAGCACAAGAGCGUUAUUAUCGAAUAUGGUGGUUCUAAACCAGAGCUGAUGAUUCCAAAGUCUACCCCUGUUUGCGCUCUCUCUGCUGCAUCAGUUGAAGAGCCGUCUCUUUUUGCGAAUCUUCGUCCAGAUUGCAAACCGAUAGCAAGUAAAUCGAGACGCUUUAGUAAGGAAGACCACGAUUUUAUACAACAGGAGGUUAAUCAGCUUCUCUCGGAAGGGAUCAUUGAACCCAGUAAUUCACCAUGGAGAGCACAGGUUGUUGUUGUUAAAGAUCCGUUGAAUAGACAUAAGAAGCGGCUCUGCAUAGACUACUCGCAGACCGUUAACCAGUAUACCGAGCUUGACGCCUAUCCUCUACCACGGAUUGAUGAUAUGAUUAACAAUCUUGCUAGCUACAAAUUUUUCUCAACUUUUGAUCUUAAAAGUGCCUAUCAUCAAGUGCCAAUAAAGGAAGCUGAUCAGAAAUAUACUGCCUUCGAAGCCAAUGGAAGACUCUAUCAGUUCCAACGUGUGCCUUUUGGGGUUACAAAUGGGGUAGCAGUUUUUCAAAGGGCAAUGGAUAAGUUUGUCGAUGAGGAGGGACUCAAAGAUACCUUUCCAUAUUUGGAUAAUAUAACAGUAGCGGGGCGAGACCAAGAAGAGCAUGAUGAAAAUGUCCAGAAGUUUCACGACGCUAUCAGUCGAAGGAAUCUUACCCUUAAUGAAACGAAAUCUGUUGAAUCGAAGUCGUCAAUCAAUUUACUUGGAUAUGGUAUUGAACAUGGUGUAAUUACUCCCGAUCCAGAAAGGCUACGCCCCCUCCAAGAGUUUCCACCACCAGAGAAUGCCCGAACCCUACAGAGAGUAGUUGGUAUGUUCGCCUAUUAUGCAAAAUGGAUACCCCAUUUUUCUGACAAGAUCAAACCUUUGAUGAAGGCUGUAACAUUCCCACUGGAUUCGGACGCUCUAGCUGCAUUCAAUACUCUCAAGAAAGAACUUGGGAACGCAGCUCUUCAACACGUAGAUGAGAGCCUUCCGUUUGUGGUCGAAUGUGAUGCCUCGGAAGUGGCGCUCUCUGCUACGUUAAAUCAGGCUGGCCGACCAGUUGCAUUCAUGACGAGGAUGCUCCAUGGCAGUGAAUUACACUAUCCUGCAGUAGAGAAGGAGGCAAUGGCUAUCGUAGAGGCGGUUCGCAAGUGGCAGCAUUUUCUUGCUCGUCGUCAUUUUACUCUGAAAACGGAUCAGCGUUCGGUAGCGUUCAUGUUCGACAGCAGAAAACGAACCAAGAUCAAGAACAAUAAGAUCCAGGCUUGGCGACUCGAGCUUGGUUCCUUCAGCUAUACAGUGGAAUAUCGGCCUGGAAAGGAUAAUGUUGCUCCUGAUUCAUUCACACGCGCAUUCUCUGCCUCGAUGUCAUCAAACAACCUCGAAGAAAUCCAUAUUGGGUUGUGUCAUCCAGGUGUAACUCGAAUGUUACACUUCGUAAAGUCCAAGAACCUUCCAUACUCCACUGAAGAAGUUAAGAAAGUGUGUUCAGCAUGCCGAAGUUGCGCCGAAUUGAAGCCUCAGUUUUAUCGUCCGCAGCAACCCGGAAACCUCAUCAAAGCCACACAGCCUAUGGAGCGACUUAGUAUCGACUUCAAGGGUCCACUACCUACUGCUACUCGUAAUGCAUAUAUACUCACUGUUGUGGAUGAGUACUCCCGUUUCCCAUUUGCUUUUCCAUGUCCAAAUAUGCAAUCCUCAACCGUCAUCAUGUGUCUGAAUCAGUUAUUCAGUCUUUGUGGCAUGCCAAACUAUAUUCACUCAGAUCUUGGUACCUCUUUCCUUUCUCGGGAACUAAAGGACUAUCUAACGAAACGAGGAAUAGCAACGAGUAGAACUACGCCGUACCAUCCAAUUGGCAAUGGUCAAGUUGAACGAUACAAUGGUAUCAUCUGGAAGGCGGUUCGUCUUGCUCUAAGGUCAGCUAAUCUACCAGAUUCAAGAUGGGAACUCGUACUCGCUGAUGCAAUUCACUCGAUUAGAUCACUUCUCUGUACGUCAACUAAUGCAACUCCACAUGAAAGGUUUUUUAACUUUCAUCGUCGUUCAUCAUAUGGUGUGUCCCUGCCAUCAUGGAUGCAACCUGGUCCCGUAUUGCUACGUCGAUUUGUUCGAACAAGUAAGAACGAUCCACUUGUGGAUGAAGUGGAGUUAACGGAUGUUAACCCAACCUACGCACGUGUACGUUACGCUGAUGGGAGAGAAUCGUCUGUUUCUCUACGUGAUCUGGCUGCCUGCCCGCCUUCUUCCAUCCAGAAUGGAACCCCCCUUGAACCUCAACCUUCGCAAGAACCCUUACCUACAUCUGAUGGAUUUCCUCCAACGCCAAACUCUACGACUCUGCAAGUUCCUGAGAUUCAGUCACAAGCGGAUAAUGCUGAACACGAGUUGUUAACAAAAGAAACUGGUCUAAGGCGUUCUACUCGUGUAAGCAAACCACCAGCUCGUUACGGUUGGUAAGGUUGUGAACUAGUAACUCUAUGAAUUGAACUAUAAAAUUUGAACCUUAUUGUUAGUUAUAGUACUUAUAUAUGACAAUUAUUAUUAAUGUAAAUUACUUGGGAACUUUCUAUUGUUUUAGAACUUUUAGGGAGGAAGAAUGAGAUAAUAACGACAUUACUGUAGUUAUAUGAAGUAGCUGGCAAUUGUUUAUGAGCCCGCAAUAGUUAUGUUUAUAUAAGGCGGUGUUUGACCACCAUUUUGUAAGAUUUGUACUUUAGAGUUUAUAGCAAGGUUUUAAGUUGAAUAAAGCCUGAUUUUACUUUGCUUUACAAUUAUGGUUUCGACACUGCCCCCGCAAUGUUUGGGCAACGGGGGCAGUUGCCCCCGUGGCUCCGGCGCCCCUGCCAGUAGCUGUGUCGGUUGGCAAAAUACGAAGCAGAAAGCAUGUUGUUCUGGAGAAGAACAAUAAACUGGAUUAAUUACAGCUGCAGCUAAAGAUAAAAGUGACUGAAUCUUUUUCUGCUUUUUGUACAUGUUUACAUGUCUCUUUCGGCCAAAUUUAAUUUUCCCGCGCUUUCUCAAACAACGUCUCAGACUCAGUGCUCCCGCGACAAAUGUCCCGGUGCAAACAUUCUCAUAUAAACCCGAGAUGUAAAUCGUCCCGUCCCGCCUCUCAUAUAAACAGCCCCUUAGUGCUGUGAUGACUGGAUUGUCAGUGGAAAGUGCAGGGGUUUGUGAAUAUACCUGACGAUAUUCAUCUUUCUGCAGGUUUUGGUGGUGCAGGAGCUAUUGUGGAAGGUCCAGUGAUUGGUGUGAUAGUGGAUUAUUAUGGUUGGUCUGGAGCAUUUUAUUUCAUGGUUUUUCUCUCCAUUCUCGCUUCUCUUUCCUUAUUAAAAGGAUCUCAAGAUGAUAUGACCUAA